AUGAAAUCUGGCGCAGGAGAUGAGAAAACAAAGGAGAUAUUUGCUGGGCCAUCGUUUAAUGACACCCCUGACUUAGACGCGCUCCCCACACCAACUAUUCCAGAAGGGUUUACUGUAAAAAUAGACAAGCAAGACAAAUCCAAGAAAAAAACAAAGAACAAGAAGAAUCCGCAAAAGAAUAAAUAG